AAUACAUUUCAAACAGAAGUGAAACCUACUUGGACACAAAAGAACUUUGUUUUCAGGUUGUUGGGGUACAAGGAAUUUUAAAAGAAAGUCUAAGUGACUGUGGCAGAGAGGUAAUGAGAUAGAUAAGUAGUUCUAUGAUGAGCUGGUGUUUCUGGUUUUAUUGAGAGAAACAUCUUUUGGCCUUUAGACUGUUUCCAUUUCUGUGUGUUUCUGUGGUGUGUUGUCCUCUCAGUUGUGCUGAUAAAACUACUUGUGUUGCCCUCCUCUAAAUUAAAGAGGAGAAUCGAUCUGUUUUAAAAGAAAACAAAUUCAUUAUGUUAUUAGAGGACUGGGGAGAGAGAAGCUGAGCAAUUUUUUUUUUUUACUUUUCAGUUUUACUUCAGACCCAUUUCCCAGGCUGGUUCACAGCUGUGAUAUGCAUGAUGUAUCACUUAAUUAGAAAUCAUAGCAUACUGCAUUCUGAUGAGAACAAGAUUCCAGCUGGAGUAUCCCCUCCUACUCCUGUUACUGCUGAAGACAUCAGUGCGUGGCUUGGCUGGAACAUGGAACUGUGAGGAAUAAAACAAGAUGGAUUUAGGAGGCAUAACUACUUAAAUUGGAAGAGAACUUUUAACAGUUCCUGAGAUUUAGGUGCAGUUCCAGGCUGGGCAGUUUGAUUAGAUGAUCUUAGAGGCCUUUUCCAACCAUAAUGAUUCUAUGUUUCUAUUUUUGUAGUCUUCUAGGCUAUGUAGAAACAUUCAAUUGAGUAACUAUCUGGAAAAAUUGAUGAUUCUGAUUUCCUUCAAGUUUUUUCAUGGAUAAAAACUUUUGAAUUACGUGUGGAUUUAAUUGAUUUAAAAAAAAAAAAAAAGAGUAUUUUGAAUAUUUUAGCACGUAACAGAAUAUAAUCUUGUAUCUAAGUAUAAUCUAUGUUGAUUACCUUCAUGGUACCUUCUGUUUUUUUCCUGAGAAAAAUUCUCACCUCAGAUCUUUUUUUUUUUUUUUCUGUUAAAUGACUGAGUAGAAAAGUUUUGGGGAGCGUUUGACAUUUGCAUUACUGUAAUAGUGAGGAGCAUUUUCUUCUGCUUUAUUUUUCUAGAGUACAAGCUUGAGAUCAUGCUUGGCAGCACCACCUGGCACCAAUCUUGUCCUAGUACACAAGAUGCGAGAGAGCAUUGACUUGGUUCUCCUAGCUCUGGGUAUAAUUUUCUUGCCUGGCUAUAAUUGGAGAAUUAUUCUUCAGUUCAGUGAAUGCUGCCAAUCUGGAGAGAAAAGCUGCAGCAGUGGUGCAGGCACAUCUGUUGAAGGUGGUAGGCGAGAUCUAAAUACUGAAAAGAAACUUAUGGCUUGAGUUUGAGUCCCAUUUGUGGAAAAGAUUUCUCUGCAGAUAGCUAUCUGCUCUAGAAGUGCCCUUUUUAGUUUACCUUACUGAUCUGGAUCCCAUAAAAGCUGGUACGAUUCCUUCUUAUCCAGCUCUUUUAGGCUUACAAGCUGUGUGAGGAAGAGGUCUGUGAGAUUUGAGUGAAUAUGGACAUGCAAACUUAAGGAUAUGUGAAUACUAAACCAUGAAGAUCUGAGUGAAAGAAAGACUUUAAGGCAGAAACGAUGAAUACCAGCCUCUUCCAUGUUCACCUUGAAUGCAGUUUACCUAGUGAUGCAUAUCAACAAGUUAAGAGUUGCUGUUCUAUGUCCGAUGAUCCAAUGCUGCUAGAAAUGAGCUUAACGGUAAGAAUGGAAAAUGCCCAACAAGAUUUUGUGGAGCAAAGACAAUACUUACUGGAGAAUCUUUUUGUAGUUUAUGUAGCAGUGGAAAGAACGAAGACCUCAGGUGAUUUCAUGGUGGAUAUGUACGUCUUGCAUUCUGGGAACAGCCGUGUGCACAUACAGGAAAUAAGGCAGUUGUCACAAAAAGACAGAACACCUGUGAAAUUUGAGCCAGUACUGCUGUCUUCAUCAUCUACUAACUUUACAAAAGUUGCUUCUAUUUCUUGUGAAGCUGCAUUCUGUGACGAUGCAAGGCCUUACUCUAAUGACAAGAGGAAUGGCAUAGUGGAAGGCACUACAGCACUACAAGCCUGCCUUUCCUGCCCUGUGAUGGAAGGGUAUUUUGAUAUCGAUCCUUCUGCAACAGUGUUUCAUAUUGAACCACACCAUAAUAUUUCAGGAUUUUGGUCCAUAUGGUUUACAAACAACUUCGAUUUCAGCAUUGAACUGGAUGAAGUCUACAUAUCUGGAGAAACAAAGAACAUCUUAAAGAUUCUGAACUUUGCUGGGCCUUUGACCCUAUCUCCAGGCUGUUGGAAUGUAUUUUCUUUGAAACUUGAUGUGAAAAACAAUGUAACAAAUGUGCUUUCUAGUAUUUGUCUGGCCACCAGUGUGGGAGUGAUGAUUGAAAUACCUCUGCAGAUAUUUUCAACUGUGUCCAAGCAGGCAGACCUUCAUUUUGAAGCCAUUGCCCAUUGUGAUAUUCAGUGUUACCUAGGAAAGUCUGAUUCAGCAAAUCUACUGUGGCAGAGGAGUCUCUCUCUGGACCGUUCAGCCUGGGAUGUGGAUUCUGAGCUGGCAAGUGAGCUUUAUGAAAGAUGGCAAAAAAUAAGAUGCGGGGAAGCCUGCAGGAGGAGGAGCAUUCUGGGAUCAACUCGCUUGAUUCACCAGAACCAGCCUGAAGAUGAGGUGUCAUUUGCCUUUUUCUUGCCACGGUUGACUGCAGAGCCCAGCCUUACGCUCAGCUUCAAUGCCACAGCAGUUAAAAGUAGCGUGGUAAAGUAUUUCAUACUGAGAAAUCCUUCAUCCUUUCCAGUUGCACUGCAGCUUCUGCCACUCUCUUACUACCCUGAUCCCCAAGCUUCACUGAGUCUGCUCAGCAAAUGGUUUGGCAUAAAUAUUCAAGCUAUUAAUUUCACCACCACUGAGUUCAAGCUCAUGGAUGAAUAUUCUCACAGGAGUGCACACCAAGAGGAUCUCAUCAGCAAGAGACACAGUUCUGAGCUGCUUCAGUUAAAUUUACAACCACUGGAAACCAGAAAAGUUGGUGUAAUUUUUACACCAGUUGACUACAAAAGAGUGGCUUCCAUUAUUUUGAUCAGAAACAACUUGACUGUUCUGGAUGUGGUCAAUGUAGAAGGCUAUGGAGCCAGAGAAUUACUUAAAGUAGGGGGAAGACUGCCAGGUGCAGGAGGAUCUCUUAGAUUCAAGGUUCCAGAAGCUACGCUGAUGGAUUGCAGACGACAACUGAAAGACAGCAAGCAAAUUCUGUCCAUCACGAAGAACUUCAAAGUAGAGAAUAUUGGGCCUCUUCCUAUAACAAUUUCAUCAAUGAAAAUCAAUGGUUACAGUUGCCAAGGAUAUGGAUUUGAGGUGUUAGACUGUCAGGAAUUUUUUCUGGCUCAGAACUCAUCACGGGAGAUCAGCAUCGUAUUCACUCCUGAUUUUACAUCUUCAUGGGUAAUCCGGGAGCUUACACUGGUGACUGCUGCUGAUCUAGAGUUUCACUUCACGCUUAAUGUGACUCUUCCUCACCAUUUGUUACCGCUCUGUGCAGAUGUGGUGCCAGGACCCAGCUGGGAGGAGUCUUUCUGGAGGCUCACUGUCCUCUUUGUAAGUUUGUCCCUACUAGGUGUGAUUCUGAUAGCCUUCCAGCAAGCCCAGUAUAUUUUAGCAGAGUUCAUGAAAUCAAGACAGAGACCAAAUCCCAGUUCUUCAUUGCAGCAGAACAACAACUCUGUUGAUGUCAUCAGCUCUGAUUCUUACAAGGGCAGCUGUAAGACAUUUAUGGAUUCCUAUAGUUCCUCAGAUAAAGGUAAAGGGAAGGGCUUCCUGUCUGUAGGCACUACUUCUAGCCGAAGUCAAAAUGCUGCAAAGAGAAGUCCUGCGACCUACAGCCACUCUCAGAAGAAACACAAAUGUUCAGUUUACUACAGUAAGCAAAAACCAAAUGCAGCAGCUGGCAGUGCCAUUGCAACUACUGACGAGAAACAAAAUCAGAUUGUGGAGAACCAAAUCUCAGCACCAAAAGAGGACAUUUGCGCUGACGUUGUCAGUGAGAACUGGGUAACUCUAAAAUAUGCAAAUGGCAUAAAUGUUAACAAGAAUUUAACUCUUCCAGAAAACUUUCUGGGCAAAGAAGAAAGUGCACUGAACAAUACAGUUCUCAUUAAAAGUAGCUCUUCAGAGUGCAAUCUGAAGGAAGAUCUUCAAACAUGUAUGUUUCCUAAGGAAACUAACCUUAAAGCUUCUGAAAAUCUAGCUGAGCUCAAGGAACAGGAGUUCUGUCCUGUGAAGAUGUCCAAGAAGCUACCUGAAAGUCACUUGUCAAGAAGUUCACCUCAGCAACAGCCGGAACUGCAAGAAAUUUCUAGGAAGAAUAAUGGGAAUAACCAGCAAGUGCUUCUCAGGAAUGAAACAGAAAGCUGUGAGACCUUAAAAAAGCAGAUCAACAUAAAGCCUUCCACUGAGAAAAAGAUUAAUAAAGGACGUAAAGAAGAGGAGAUUACUUCUUCUGAGCAAGAAGAUGCAUUUAGGAAGAAGAAACCUCAGGAGAAGAAGGAAGGAAAUGUACCAAAUGCGAAUUGGAAUAGAAACAGAACAUCUCGGAAAAAUAAGAAAAAGAAUGUUAACAUAUCUACAAGGGUCCCUGAGCAGAGUGAGUUGAAGCAUCUGUGCAAUGAAUAUGAAAGACUGGACCUGAGAGCGAAUAUUGGAAUAAGAGCCUGGUGUCCUCAGGGUGACGGGGAAAAUUGUAAAGCAGACCAAAAACCUGGGAGCUUGUCUAUACAGGGAGAAACAGAAAGGUUUUAUCAACGGUCCAGAAAGAAGUGUUUGGAGAAGUUUUGUUCUGAUUCAAGCUCAGACUGUGGAAGUUCGUCAGGAAGUGUUCGUGCCAGUCGUGGGAGCUGGGGUAGCUGGAGCAGUACCAGCAGUUCUGACGGAGAUAAAAAGUCCAUGAUUACUGCCAGGCAUUUUCUUCCAUCCCGGGAGAAUAUUUCACAAAACGAUUUUCCAUCUGAAACUCCUAUCACUUUAAAUCUGUCUCAUAACAUCUGCAAUACCAGCAGAGACAUGAAUAGCAUUCCUCAGUAUCCUGAUACCUUGUGUCCCAAUUUCACUGAUAUAGCUGCAGAUCCUGAAAAGAAUAAAGGUCUUUACCCAGGAGGAGACUUGUGGCCUCCCCAACCCAUCUGCCUGACAAACUACAAUCUUGAGAAUAAUCUGCCAUGCAUGAUCCAAGAAACGCCCUCAAUCCACAACAGCUUCAUUGACUGGAAUGCAACUUGUGACAGCCAGUUUUCCAACAUGUAUUGUCCAUUAGAGAUGAACGAAUACGGUGCUAUUCCAGAAGAAAACAUGAACUACUCCAGCGGCUUCCCAGGCACAGCUGCGAUGCAGAACACAGCCUUCAUUGACCAGAGCUGCACCUCCACCUGGAAUGCACCGCAGAACAUGCCGCCUGCCUGGGAGCCCGCCAGUUAUGUCAACUCCACACCCUACCUCUCGAGCACCCGAAGCUUGUCUCCAAUGUCUGGACUUUUUGGUUCCAUCUGGGCACCGCAGAGUGAUGCUUAUGAAAGCUGCUGCCCUGUCAGUGCCACGACCCAACACUCGACCCAUGUUGAGAACCAAGCUGUUAUGUGUAAGCAGGAAUACUACCCAAGGUUUAACCCAUUCCGUGCCUACAUGAACUUAGACAUAUGGACUACAGCAGCAGCCAACCGAAAUCCAAAUUUCCCGCUUUCGAGGGACUCGGGUUACUGUGGAAAUGUGUGAAAGGAAUUUGAUUUAAAAAUGUGAAUAAAGAUGCUUGCAAUUUUGAGUACUAGA